UCAAAGAUAGUUAGCAAUGUACCAGCCAUUUUUUACACUUUCUUCUGCCUUUUUUGUGCAUCAGACAAAAGUGUUUUUAAACCACACGAGAUAAAGCAGCUUUUUCUCGGGACUACCCCUGUUUCUUGUGAUUAAACGAAGAGUAGGGCUCAGCGUUAGCUCUUUUUUUUUUGCAGUCUUUUAAAUGUAAUGGCCUUAAAGGAAAGAGUAUUUAUCGAAGAAACAAUUUAUCAUUCUGCAGAACAGUCUUCAGACUCGCUAUUUUAGAUCUAUUUAUUAGCACUGUGUGCCGGCUACAUCAUGCCAGAAGACAAACACUGUAAGCUGCUGCAGCCGUCCAGGAGCUGCGACACUAAAAAAAAGACAAAGAGGAAUAAGAAAAAGAGGAAACAAGUCACUACUUCCUCCACUCCUCCGGGAAACACAGAGACCCCUCAGGCUGCAUCGUUGCCCCCUGAGACCUCGUCUGUGUCCCAGCCCCCCCCACAGAGUCCGGGUCAGCCACGAGCCCAGCUGCCCAUGCUUAAAACAACCAGCCACAAGCACGGAGAGCGGCUCCCUGGCAGCAACAGGAAGAGCAAAAAACACCCUAAAGACUCCCCGACUCUGCUGACAGCGGCAGAAAAGAUCAGUGUCAGUGGAGAACUCAGCGCCCAGGCCAAGGAGAGCCUGAGGUGGGAGGGCGAGCUGGAAGACCCCCAGGACGAGGAGAAGAGGCUGGAGCUGUACAGGGCCAACAGGCGGCAGCGUUACAUCACACACAGAGACGCUCUGAUAAAAGAUACUGCCUUGAGAAAGACUUUUCCUAAAUAGAGCAGAGAAAAACAGGCUUUGAAUGAACUUGGUCGACAGGAGUAUUCUCUUAAUUUGAGCACCGACUGAAUUAAAGAAGCAAGUGAGAGCCUCAUGCCUUUUAUCUCAGGCUUUAUUUUUGAUAGUUUAAAACAGAUUUAGGCAAAUUGAGCAAAAUAAUGAAGGUGCUGUUUAAGACAGAUAAAUUAAGUAUGUUGCAAAUGUAAUACCCUAUAAUGCACCUGACUGACAUGUUUUCUCUGUCAGGUACAAAACAAACAGUAUCACGACUGUCGUGGACGAGGACAGGCCCUGUUUAAAACUUAAUAGAGGAUUUGCACCAUUUAUCUUCUAGCUUCUAAAUAAUGUAAUACUUCCUGAAAAGACCAAAAGUGGAACUUUCAGGGCUGAAACCCAAUCAGGAUAAUACCACUGAGCGCCCCUCACAUCUGUUUACCACAGGUAGAGAGGUAGGUUUAAUUGGAUGGGGGUCACAUGACAUUUUCCACCCCUACAAUGUAAGAACUUUAAUACAGGUUAGCAGUUUUCUUUCGCGUAAUUCACCCUAGAGGAUGAGGUGUGAAAUGUAAUUGUUACUUCUAUAACUAUGUGUCAGAUAUGUGUUACUAAAAACUGUGGUAUCUAAUUAUCUAAUGUUCAAUCUGUUUAAUCCAGCCAUGGAUAAACCACUCUCUCUUAACACUUAUUUAAAAUUAAAAAGCAAUCAAAGGAUGCUGCGGAUACUUCAAAUAACAUAAAAACUCAAAAGUAAAUCUUAAAGUAAAAAAGGUCGCUGCUGGAUGCAAAAUGGCAGGACAUUCGUGUUUUCCCUGAGCAAAUGACAAGCUCCAACGCUGAUAAGUGAUGCAAGAAGAAACAAUACUGUUGUGCCUGAGAUUUCUUUUUAUGCAUAAACAAAGUUAAACACAAGACAAAAUAGUUCAAAUGAAAAGUACAUUCCUGUUAUGUUCACUGAGGCGUCAGGGUUUACUUUGCAUUGAUGACAAAGACUGGGGUUGCGGUCGAAUAGUCCAAA